AUGCACAUUGAUCAUUCAAAAAACAUCGUUUCACAGCAGCUGAAAAGCAGAUCUACCAAGAUAGAACAUCGAUAUGACAGGUUUCUUUCCAGUUGCCGGCUUGUUCAAAAUGAGAACAACUUUUCCUAUACAGAGGAAGAUUUGCAAAGGGAUCCCGGGAGGAAAAUCAGCCCAGGUGGUGUCCGGAGCAUCUUCGGCAACCAGCAGCUCAACCUGCAAACCCCCGGCUGCAAUGACUGCGGUACCGCCACACACGAGAUGCUGCACGCGAUGGGCAUGGCGCAUGAGCAAUCGCGACCCGACCGGGAUCGCUAUGUGACCAUCGUUUGGCACAACAUCCAGCGGGGGAUGUCAAACCAAUUCUCAGUGAUGUCCGGAGCAGACACGAGUCAGCCAUAUGACAUCGGGUCCAUCAUGCACUACGAUUCCCAUGCCUUCAGCGGGAACGGUCAGCCGACCAUCGUCGCCAAGGGAUCUGCCUAUAGUGCCGCGGCCCGCGGCUUUGGGAACUAUGCACGCGUGAGAUUGGGGCAAAGAACCAGCAUGAGCGUCGCGGACGCCAAUCAACUCAAGGCUUUGUACAACUGUAGACCACCUUCCUUCACUUACUGUGACCCUGUCAGUUCUGGAUUGUCGUCAGUCCCGCUCCUCCUGGGUGGUGGGGCAGUGGCAGCCGCCGGAGUCGCUGGUUUCUUCGUGCUGCGCAGCCGCCAGCCGGAAUACUCGAGCACUCUGCAGAGGGCUCCUGCAUACUGA